CUUUAAUGAAUCCUCAAUAUUCAUGUGAAUUUUAUAGCAGUGACAAGGGCUUACCUGCUACAGCACCCUUUAACCAUUCUACUCCUGCUACAAUAACCAGUGCCCUCCCUCCCUAUUUUCAACCUGGCUUUUGGCCUUCUUAUUAUGCUCACCAUUUGGAUACUUCUGUAAGGUACCCUUUCGGGUACUAUGACCAUUCCUCCAGGGUGACAAAUCCAUCAUUUACGCAACAAGCACCAUUCAACAAUUAUGAGUAUCCUGUACCUAAACUAGACAUGAGAGAUGAAGGCUUCAAUAUGUGGAUGUAUUCACGUAAGUGAGAUGCUUGCUUCAAAGCUAUUGGACUUAAGCAUAAACAGUUUUUAUUUUCGACUAUCUAAAUCAAAGUGCCCCAAGACAAAAAUAACAUUUUUAAUUAAGCAAAUAGAUCUGUGGUACUGUUAAUAGAGAAGUAUUUUAAGAAGAUUAAACCUACAGAUCAAAUAAAAACUAAAUGGAGUCCAUGGCACGUUUUGUCUUGUAAGUAAAUCAAGACCAAACUAUUUAAAAAAAAAUUGUCAGUCAUAAUGUUUAUAUUUCUUAAAAUCAGAGGCUCUUAACCUAUGGUCCAUGGACCCCAAUGGUAUGGUAUUUCAUGAAAAGGUGUCAGGGAUGCAUUUCCCCUUUUAAUUCAAUAAAAUGCAAUUAAAAUUUUUUUUUAGAACAUGUCUGGCCGACUGGCAAAGAGUCUUUGACUUUAUCUGGUGUGCUAAGACUAAGGGGUCCAUGGAGUAAAAAAGGUUAAGAACCCCUGUAGUUUAAGUAUUUUGUUAUUAAGUGAAAAGGAGCUGUGUAUAUUUGAUUAAGAAGAUAUAGAAAAGCAUUAACCCUCUUGAGAUGGCUGGGUCGAUCUAUCAUGUGUUAUGGCUAAAAAGACAAAAGGCACAUAAAAAAAAAGCCUCAAGUUUUGGCUAGCUGGUCUUCCAACCAGCUUAUCAGAUUGUUUCUAGCAUUUCUUGCUGAUCUCUACAUUUCAAUGGCGGCUUCCAUUGAUGUUUUACAUUCUAUCAUUUCAAUUUCUUUUAGUGUGUGUACCAAAUGACCCCUAUAAAUGCUUUAAAAAAAUAUGUGACCUUGAAACUUGAAAUAGGACAAAAGGCAUAACAGUCUCAGGGGAAUAUUUUAUGCUGCUUUUCAUAUUGAAUCUCAUUCAGAUAUGGAUAGGGACUUAGUUAGGCUUCAACAAUAAAAAUAUUUUUAAAAUUCUUCAAGUAAGACAAUUUUAUUCUAAGUGAAAAAAAAUGCAUGCAUAAAUUAUGCAAAUCAGGCUGUCUCAUUUGCAAAAAUGCUGAGAUUUCAGUUAGAUUCUCUACAAGAAUAUAUACAGUUUUAUAUUUGUAAAGUAAUUAGUUAAUUUUUUAAUUAUUUUUUUUACAAAGUAAGCGCACAACUUGUGGAAGGGCUUUGUCUUUUUGGCAUAGACAGUCCAAAAAGGCUCCGUCUCAAGAGGUUUAAGGUUAUUUCCAUUACAAAAUUUAAAAAACAUAAAUUUUAUUGAUUAGUCUAUUGAUGUUUAUUAAUCAUUAGUUUACAGAAAUAACAUACUUGGUGAAGUAAAAUGUAGAUUUCACUUUCAGGAUAAGCCCUACCUUUACAAGUGUCCAGCUAAACUUGAAUCAUUUAAUUUUUAAACAGUUAUUACCUUUGACAUUUAAAAAAUUAAUUACAUAUCCUUCAAUUUAAGUAAUGCAGAUAAUAAUAAUAAUAAAGCUAGCUUGAGGAAGUACCGGUAUAAACAAAAAUAAACCCAAGAAUUUAAUUUAGAUACCCAAGUAUUAAAAAAAACUGGAGAAAACAAUCUUGAGCUUCAUAUCUCUGUCAAGCUGGUAAAGAAACUUUAAAUUUAUUUUUUAAAACUAGAAAUUUAAAAUUAAAUAAAUAUCUGCAUGCAUAAUAUAUAAUUAUAUAAAAUAUUUAUUUUUUUAGAUUGUGCACCAUUAGAGGCUGGGCAUUAUGAGCCGCACAUGUCUGAUAAAAAUUCAAAGCCACAAAGAUUAGUAAGCAGUGGUAAAUACAAAAUGACAACUGAAGUUGAGACACAAGAUAUGAGCUUGUCUGAUGCCAAUGUUAUCAAAGUUGACUCACACCUCCCCCAGGAUAUGAUUCAUCAAAGGUUUUUCUUUUCUUUCUUUGUUUCAAAGCUAGACAAAAAAAAAUAAUUAGGAUGGGAAGAAUUAGAAUAAAAGAGCGGAUAAUAUGACAAAAAGCUGAGUUUAUGAAAUAGAAAAUAACCUAAGUUACAGGUUUUCAGUGGCCCAACAUCAUCACCAAAAAGACUUACAGGAAAGGAUAUACCUAGAGCUUAUUGCUGAAGGAGUCAUAAGGAAAUAUAGAGUUGGGUUGAAAAAACUCCUUGUAAACCCCAGAUAACAUCACUAGACAAUCCCUAACAUGGAAUCCAAAGGAGAAAAGGAAGAGUAAGGCCAUUAAAUCAUAAGCAAUUAAAUGAUGUAUAGUUUUUUGUUUUUUUUUAAUUAAAGGGAAAUGGUAUACUAUUUUUUUAGUUAAAAGGUGUGCAUGCCAAAGAUAUAUGUACACCACAGUUCCAGAAACACUAAUAAGGAUAUUUGAUGAGGCACAACCCCGUGGUAUCAAAAUAAGGCAUUCUGAAAGAGCGUUGAGGAGAAGAUGUAGAAGAGUGUUGGUUCAAGUACACAGCCCUUAAACACUAAAAUUGGAAAAGAACCUGCUUACAGGACAAUUAUUAGAAAGGAAUGUCUGCACAAAGAGGGCCAUGACAAUGAGGCAGGACUAAAAGAUUUUGCUAUAGGAAAAGCAAUGAUGAUUAGCAGCACAAUAUUCCAACACAAGUAAAUACAUAAACUGACAUGGAUAUCACCAGAUGGAAUAACCUUAAACCAGAUAGAUCAAGUGGUCAUUGGUAAGUGGCAGGGCUCAGAUAUAUUGGAUGUACAGAGCUUUAGAAGGGCAGAUGGGGACUUGGCUCAUCUCAAUCUAAAAAUUUAAAUAUAAUGAAAGAAUAUGCCACAUAUACAAUAAGCAGAAUGAAAGAGAAAUACUGCGUAAUAGCCCAAAGUUAAAGAUCUUUAAAUUACUUAGGCAUAUCAACAGAUACAAACCCAACUAGAACUAUGAAAACAGGGAAACAUCCAACAACAACAACAUCAUUAUAAUUUAUCAAUAGGUAAGACUAAAACAAUUGUGAGAACUCACAUAGGAAAUAAUAGAAUUUAAACAGACAAAAAAGAGUAUGGUGGUUUGACACAGAAUGCUGGGAGCUUAGACUUGUUAGUCACAGAAAGCAGCAUGUUUACUGAAGAAAGAAACAAGGCUUUGUUGCUGAUGAUGCACUGGAAAACAAGAAAAACCUGACAAUUAUAUAAUGAAACAAGAAAGAAUACUACUAAAAAAAUAGCAUAUCCGGAAAUUUGUAGGAAAGAAGUUUGUUUGAAAGAAAAUUGUUAGACGGAAUUUUGUUUGAACAGAAGUUUGUUUGAAAUGAAAUUUGUUAAAUGGAGAUUUAUUUUUUAAUUAUUUUAAGGGAAGGUGUGAGUGAGAAAUGGGGAAAAUGUUAAAAAAAAAAAUUAUAUAUUUCCCCCCAUUAUUUUAUUUCACACAAACUUCCAUUGAACAAUUUUCCAUGAAAAAAAUUUUUAUAGUAUAAAUUUCCGGUAAUAAAAAACAAAUGAUUGGGAAAAGCAAAAAAAAAUAUCAAAAGAAAGAGAUGUUAGAGGGAUGUUACCAAAGAUAAAUAAUGGGGAAAAAUAACUUCUAAGCAAGAUCCCACGUGUGAACAUGUGUGAACAUAUGAAUGGGCGAUCUGAUCACAGGGAGGGGUAUUGUCUUUGAGAGAUGAGCACUGCACUUUGAAGGGUUGCCAAUAUUACAUGCAAUAUGUUUUCCACUCUCAAUAAGAGAUUCCUUUGUUGGCUAGAACAUAGAAAGAGAAUGGAGGCAGGCUGUACUUCAAAGGAUCUGCUGUAUGGGGUAAACUUGCUAAUGGGGCAGGAUAUAUUGAACUAUUUCAACUGUUAAUAAAGAUGUUCUGAAGUCAUAAAGGUAGACAACAUCAAAAUAAGCCAAUGGGAGACUAUCCCUGAUGACCAUCCCCGAUUGUAAACUGCUGCAAAAAUAGGAGUCCUAAAGGCAGAGGAUGCGCAAAGUGAAGCUCUUGCAGAAAAACAAAGACCUGGCAGUUAAAAAGACAGGUCGUGUUGGACAGGACACGUUGAAAGGAUGCCAGAUUAAAGAGGAGCAGAAUUAGUUUUACAGACAGAAACCAAUGGGCAGAUGGCAACGGCUCACCAGUCAAUCAAGACUGAGAGGAAAUGAUGUAGAGACAGACUUAGGGUGUUUCAGCUGGGGGUCCAGCAUAUGGAGACAAAAAGCAAUGGAUCACUCUGAAUGGAAGAAUGUGAUGAAACAGGCCAGAGCCCUACAUGGGCUGUACUUUUAUUGAUGAUGAUGAAGUUCUUUUAAGUUUUAUUUUUAAAAAUUCUCCCACAUAUCAAAAAAUGAAAUGUCUGAAAGUAUUUUUUGCUUAUUCAAGCCAGGAAAGGUAACCUACGACAAUGCUUAUUUUUAAAAUGAUAAAUAUAGAUAUUUCCUCACAUGAUUGACAUUACAUCUCAUAAUUCAGUGACAAAGCAAUAUGUAUUAAUUAGUGAUGGGACGAUACCAACAUUUUUAAUGAUUCCGAUAUGAUUCCGAUUCCUGGCUAUCAUUACAUAUAUGUAUUACUGUGCCCAGGUAUUAACAUAUUUAAUUAAUAUAAAAGUUGAGAAUUGAUUAUUAAAUAUUUUAUUAACUUGCUAUUGACGCUUUAAAACAUGCUGGAGAACAAUGUCUUGGAAAGGUUUUAUAUAAACACAUCUAUCAAUAAUUCCAUUUUAAUGUCUUUGAUAAAAAUUUCAAAAUGUGUAUAUAAAAACUAUAAAUUAAAUAUGAAAUUAUUAUUCCUGUACUUACAAAAUAGGAAAUGUUUACCUUCACAAAAUAACAUUUUAUAUAAAAAAAUUUGAGAAAAGGUAUAAGUAUUUUAAUCAUUGUUUAGUUCCAAACUACAAAAAAUAAAACAUUAAUUAUAAUUACUACAUUGUAGUAUUUAGUUCAAAAUAAUAUAAAUAAACUUCAUUCAAGUCAAUUAGUUGAUAGUACUUGAUAGUAAGAAUAUGCAUUUAAUCAUAGUCAAAUUGAAGCACUCGCAAAUUAUAGUGCAAAAACAUAAGCAUCUCUCCAGUUGUUGGUUCUAACCAUUUUCUCUGUGGCGAGUAUAUAUUGCCACCUACACUAAAAAUUCUCUCGCUUUCUACUGAAGAAGGCGGAGCACAUAAAUACUUUCUUGAGAGGAGAGCCAAACUUGGAAGUUCUUCUUUGUUCGCUUUCCACCAGCUAAGAGGAUUCUCAUCGUUUGCAAUCAGUUUAAAUGUUAGAUACCUUGAUAUUUCUGUUCUGUUCUAAUUUUAAUACUUGCUGCUUACGGCAGUUAAUCAGUUAAGAGUCGUUUUGGUAUCGGAAUCGGGUCUGAAUUAUUCAGCUCCGAUACCGAUUCCAGAUGCUUUGGAAAAAUCCCGAUAUUUUGAUUAUUCCGAUACGAUUCCGAUUAAUGGUUCCAUCACUAGUAUUAAUUAAAUUUUGUUUUAUUAUACAUUUGUAUUAAAACUUUUGAUUUGACAGCAACAAGCAUAAAAAGGCAAAAGCUCAUUUUUAAUUAAACCCCAAAUCACUAAUAUUUUUCCAAACACCUAAAGCAAGACCUAACAUAGGCAUAUAUUUUUUCUUUCAGUGUUGAUUACAAAGCUGCGCAAAAUGAUGCUUGUGAAGGAUUAAAAAAACAAGGCGGAUGUCACAGCUUAACAGACAUGUUUUUUGAACUUAAUGAAAGUGGAAACUCUCAGGUUGAUCUUAAUGAUAGUGGAUCUGAGCCUCUGUCUCCACCUGUUUCUGUUCUAACCCCAAAGAGGUCAGAGAAGUCAAAAGGUGGUAAAUUUCAUCCAUACUCAAUCAGCAAUUUUUUGACACCAGAACAUCUUACCAAUGACUGGACACAAAAGUCUUCACUGUGUCAGGAUCCUUUAGCUAGGAACCCUUAUGAGGGAGGAAGCCUCACCACCUCCGAUGGAAGUGAAUAUGCUCAUGUGAAUUCAAAGAAAACUGUACAGUCUUGGUCAGAGAACAAGAAAUAUGUUGGCCUACAAGGUAGACAUGGGAUUCAAUCUACUGAAGCUAACAGUUUAAAUAAAACAAGUGUGCAGUAUAGUUCACAAAAUCCUGACAGCUCACAUGGAGGAACAUGGUAUUCUAAACAGUUUCACAACAUGGCUGCAUCUAAACUGUCAAAAUUUAAGGAUUCUGAUAGUCUUAACUGGAGGGAAAGGGGCGAACCUUUGAAUGCAAGGCCUUACUGGAGGGACCACUGUGAAUUAUUGAGUUCAUCUGAGCAGAACCAUAAGAGAAGAUGGUCAUUACCCUUGUCAAACAUGACCACUGUUGGUUCUAUGAUUAUAAAGGAUAGGUCAGGUAUGGAUAAAAACAACCAACAGACAUUAUGUUCUGAGGAUAGCACGUUAACAUCUUGCUGCUACUCUGAAACUAAUGACAUACACAAGGAAAUAGGUAAAUAUUUUAUAGGAGAAACAUUUUUAACAUUUUGUAAACCUUGAGUCAUUGUGUCGUGAUGGGGUCACCAUUAAAUGCAUUUAAUAUAUCAAGGGGAAAGGAUGUAAAAAUGUUUGAAAGGAUUUCAAUUAUUUCAUUACAUCAACUUAAUGAGGAAUAUUUGGGAUCUCACUCAAUCACAAAAGGAAAAUUGCAAGCUCAGAAUAGGCCUAUAUGAUUAGGAAGUAUAUUUAACCAACAAAGUUUGGGCAGUGUAAUUCAGGGUGAGGCGAGAACUGAAAUAAUUACUGAACACUUUUAAGGAUUGUUAGUAUUCUGAUUAUGUAUUCCCUAAUCCAGGCCUGCACAACAUACUUGGCCACCCGCAAAGUCACGAAAUAUUCUUUUUUGUUAUUAUUUUCUUAAUAGCUUUAGCCCCUGUCCUAAUAUCUUUCGGCCCGCACACGUUUUUUAUUAAGUAUUACGGCCCGCGCAAGUUUUUCAUAAAGUAUUACGGCCCACCUUACAUUUUGAGUUGUGCAGGUCUGCCCUAAUCUCAUUUUUGAAAACUUUUUGAAAUAUUUAACUUUAAAUCAUUCAGAAAGCUGUUACGAACGAAAAUCACCCAGAGAGCUCGGUGUUCUAGACAGAAGUUUUCUUUUACAACAUAUAUUUAAGAGUCGGUGUGCUGACCCAAAUGCCUCCCAAAUGUCAAAGUUUAAUGAAGUUAUUAAAGACUCUGCAUGGGCAACAGACUUUGCAAGGAGAAGUAAAUUAUAUGCGCACAAAUUUAUUGACAGCCAUUGCCAUAUAGACUUCCUAUACAAGCAGUUAGGUUUAAAAGAUGUUGCCUACAAAAAGUUCAAAGAGGACCAUUCAAAUUUUUUUCCUGCUAACUAUGAAGGAUGUAUUGCUGUGUUUUGUAAUCCACAAACAUUCUAUGCAGAGAGUGAGUGAAUUGUUGUAACCCAGUUGUUUCUAAAGUUAUGGGAUAUUUGUAACAUGCCCAAAUUUAUUUAUAGAUAUUUCAGCUGUUAAUAGUGUUAAUAGAUGCUCAAAAUCUAGAAUUACCACAAAUGUAAAUAGAUUAAAAUCCCACAAAGCUGCUAAGAUAUGGAUCAGGGUAUUUUUUAGGCAGUAGAUUGUCAUUCUCCUUUUUGCUAAGAUGGCUACACAGUCUUGUUUACUUUUAUACUUCAGACCCAAAGGACAAUAUAGUGAAACUUUUGACUGACGAAGGUGGUGUUUGGUUUGCAUUUGGAUGCCAUCCAAAAAAUGCCUCAGAAUUUACUGAGUUACAUGAAAUUGGCUUAAGAAGGUUUCUUAGGCAUCCUCAAGUUGUUGCCCUUGGAGAGAUUGGCUUGGACUACUCUGGAAUGUAAGAUUUUUUAAAUAUGAAAAUUGCCAGAUUUAUGUACAAAGUAAAAAACUAAAGCUUUAAAUUUAGCAAGAAUCAAUAAAAUGAGUCGUAAGCAAGUGAUCAAAUGAGACUCUCAUUGUGGGUUAAUAAAAUUAUUAGUAAAGGGAAAAAAAAAAUAUUUUACUGCUGAUUGCAUCUGCUUUAUCUGCUUUACCUUAAUAAAAUUAUACAAGAUCUAUAUUCAUAUCAGUUACCAGGAAACACACACACCACCACACAACACACACAAACACCACCACCACCCACCUAGUUUAAAGUAUAAUUUUAAGGGUUAUUUGUCAUUUAAGAAUUUAUUGAUGCUAAAUAAAAAGGAGCUGUUCUAAAGAUCAAAAGAACGUGCAUCUUCAAUCUGUAAAAGUAUUUGAUUAUGGUAAAAGAGAAACAACUGGGGCUAACUAAGUCUUUAAAACUCAUAAGUCCAUUCUCCACUUGUUCAUUUUCACAUGAAAGAUAAAAUUUUGUUCCAAUAACUAGUAAAUUGUGCAGGUACUGAAAAUUUUAAUAGCAAUUAUUUCAAAUUAAAAUUUUUGUUUAUAGGUUUAAACAACAUGCUGAUGUUCAGAAGAAUGUUUUUAGAAAACAGUUAGUCCUAGCCUUGGAAAUGAACCUUCCCUUGGUUAUACACUGCAGGGAUGCUGAUGAGGACUGUCUUGACAUUCUAACAGAGGUAUUUCUGAUUCGAUAUCUUUUAAAG